ACCUUCCAAAAAGCAUGUACUUUCCUUUUGUUUUUAUUUUUUAGAUUAUUCAUCUUAAACGAUUCCAGUUUAUGAAUGGUCGUUGGGUAAAGUCGAACAAGAUCGUUAAUUUUCCUAUGGAAUACUUCGAUCCAUCUGAGUUUGUUGUCAAACGUUCAGCGGAAGAUGCAAAAUGUGUGAAAACAGUUAACGUACAAACAGCUGUUGAUAAUAAUCUAGAAAAUACUGGAGAAGAUUCUCAUCAAGAGUCUGAUAACAUGAUUUUGGACCAGGAUCUUGUCGACUUCGAGAUGCAACAAAAGAGUUCCAAUGAUUCAGGCUUGACUUCAGGCACUUCAAGUACAGAAUCGUCCAUCGAAAAUGAAGAUAGCUCUGGUUGUCUUUAUGAGAAUGGAAGGGAUCGUGAAAAAAGGUCGAAAAAACAUGAGUUGAAGGAGACGAGAGGUGAAAGUACUGACGAUGACAUGCAAUGCGACAGGUCUCUAAAGAAUAACGAUGAAUCAAAUGGUAUAGAUCUCUCGUUAUCUAAUGACAUUUCCAAGAUAUCUAAUGUGAGACUUUCUAAGCGAGGUUCCAUAGUGAACUCGUUACCUUCAAGUGGAGCUUCAAGUACAAUGAGUGAUGUCAACUGUAUUGAUAAACAGUUGUCAAUUGUUACAAAUAUGGAAGCUUACACUUCGUCAAUGCUUUAUAAUCUCUACACGAUUUCGAGUCACACGGGUGUUAUGGGAGGUGGUCAUUACGUUUCGUUUGCGAAGAAUCCAGACUCUGGAUGGUAUUGUUUUAAUGACAGUAGUUGUAAGGAAACAACAGCAGAAAGAGUUUCCAGAGAGUCCCCAUAUUUAUUGUUUUAUGAGCGCGUUGGUGUUCGUGAGGAAAAUUUUAAACCAGACAUUUGUGAUCGCAAUCAAGAGUCGCCAAAAGACGAUGAUGAAAUCGAGAAAGAAAUGAAGAAAGCUUGCGUUCUGCAAUAAAUUAGAUGAUGACGCUUUAUACCUCAAGAAAGUCGUUAUUAGCGUUGUCUCCAACGUGAACGGUUCAUUUCCGCUGUGCAAAAAGCUUGUCAGGCUUAUUGUAGCCCAACUUAAAUGAUUCCACAUUCACAUUUUCCGCGAACCACGUUCCUAACUACAAAUUUAAUAUUUAUUUUGUGCUGAGUUGCAAUGAUGUCUAACAAUUUUUAAAUUGAUUUUGGGGCAAAAUUAAUGAAUUCAUUAUGCAUGAACUACAUCAAGCAAUUUUUGUAUUAAGACCUUUCUUAUCGUAAAGGUGUUUUCUAUCAUUCAAUUUCAAUGCCCGAAUGGUG